CCCAUGUUAAGUAAUCUGGAAAAGCUCUACCAAUUUCAGUAGAACUUUAAAAGAUAAAGAACUAAGGAAGCUUUUCAUUAUGAUCCAAUUGCAGUUGGGAACUUUCUGAGUCCUUUCCGUGAAGCUCUUGAAGCAAGAGGGAGAGAGUGAAAGCAUAACCCGUCAGAGCUUCACUCGUCUUUCUAAUUCUAGGUAACACAUUACACUACACGCCUUCCAUUAAUCCCAACUUCUCUUCUAAUUUCAAAGUUAUAUCUCUCUAUGAUCUCUCUUUUCCUCAUUCAUGCUCUGUCUACCACCUUCUCCUCACCCUCUUUUUUCACAACAUUAGUCUAAACAAGAAAAGCAACAGCCCCUGAAUCAAAGCCAUGAAGAAGAAGAGUCCAGAGGAUGGUAAGGUCAUCUGCAACACUGAUGGAGACCUCUGUAGAUCAAUGAGAGAUGAACCACCGACCCACUACACCUUCAAAAUCACUCAACUUUCACUGUUUUCGAAGAUUUCCAAUGAAGGAUGUCCUUCCCAGAAAUUCCAAGUUGGUGGCUACAAUUGGCAAUUGGUUCUCUACCCAAAUGGGAAAGGCAAGGGCGAAGGUCGUCACUUGUCGUUCUACCUGAGAAUAGAAAAUACUUUUCUUCCCCUAGGUUGGGAGGUCCAGGCUGUUUUUCGCUUAUUUGCAUUCGACCAAAUUCGAGGCCAAUAUCUCAUGCUUGAAGAAACUCAAGGGAAGCGUUUUCAUGCAAUGAAAACUAUAUGGGGAUCUGAUGAGUUCAUCCCACUCAGUGUGUUCAAGAACCAAUCUUAUGGAUAUCUUGUUAAUGAUACAUGUGUGUUAGGAGCAGAGGUAUUUAUUAUUGGAGAGAGUAGAACAGGAAAAAUUGAAUGUCUACGUCUUUCAAAGGGAGCUAGAUAUUACAAACGGAUUGUCAGAUUUUUUAGUAAAGGAUGCCAUGAAGAGCCUAUUCUGCAACCAGCCUAUGGUGUUCCUGUGGGAAAGUCCGCUACAUAUGAUGCUACCUUUUCCUCUUCUAAAAUAGAAGUUCCAAUACAAUCAUUGAGAGAUGAUAUGCCAACACACUACACAUUUAAAAUUACUUCAUUUUCACACCUUAGCAAGCUUCAUAAAAAAAGAUGCGACUCCAAGGUUUUCCCUGCUUGUGGCUAUAAAUGGAAAAUGUCUCUGUCUCUGAAUAAAAACAAGCAGCAGAAAGCUCAUUAUCUGUCUCUCUACUUGGGCAUCGAAGAAACUGGAUCCCUCCAGCUUGGUUGGGAAAUUGAGGCUGUUUUUCGUUUAUUUGUAUUUGACCAAAUUCAAGGCCAGUAUUUGAUGCUUCAAGAAAACAAUGCAAAGUUUCAUGCACCGAAUACCGAAUGGCGAGUUGAUGAGUUCAUGUCCCUGAGAACCUUUAGUGACCCAUCUUGUGGAUUUCUUGUUAAAGAUUCCUGCAUCUUUGGAGCUUCUGUUUUCAUUUGUAGGGAGAGAUGUUCAGGCAAAGGUGAAUGCUUGGAGAUGAUAACAGAAGGUGUUACUACUGAAUAUACUUGGAAGAUUGAAAAUUUUUCACAGAUAAAAGGAAGCUGUGUAUGUGAACCAUUUGGUUCUGGAUAUCACAAAUGGAGACUCUUUUUCUAUCCAGGAGGAUAUGGACGAGUUCUGGGAAACUAUAUUUCUCUUUAUUUGAAAUCAGCUAAUUCAAGUCCCAGACCUUCUGGUGAAGGAAUAUUUGUGCGUUUGUCCUUGACAGUGAUUGAUCAGUCAAAUGGCAAUGGCAAUGUCAAUGUCAAAUACGCAUUUCGGUUUCCAGGCCAAGGACUGAUGGGAGGUUUGCCGAAGUUGAUGCCACUUAGUGUCUUUACUGAUCCAUCAAAAGGUUUCCUUGUGAAUGACACUUGCAUCAUUUCAGCAAAGAUCACAAUCCUUGGAGCAGUUGAAAAUUUUCAGAACUUUUAGUACUAGGGUCUUGAGUGAUUUUACAUUCUUAUAGAAAAUGUAAUUAGUGAGAGAAUCUAGCUAUUUGAUCACUCCUUUUUCCUGUUAUAUAGGAUAGCUUUUUUCGAGAAUCACUCUUCCUUCAGAAUUUCAGUUGAAACUGAAGUAGAAAUGCUCAAGACACAAUCUUGAAUUACUUA